ACUAACACACACAAGACAACACAACAAGAUACACAAAGUUGAACAAAGAAUGAAGACCCACCAUUCCUUAAGAUAUGCUUCUACUUCUCCUUGUCCUCCUCAUUUUUAACAUCUCUUCCUUUCCCACCAAAUCUUUUGCAUCCUCAAUGUCAUAAUUCUCUUAGUUCUCUGUCUCUGCAUAGAAACAUUCACUAAAUAAGCACGUAGCCAGCCAUGUUCAUGACUAAGAUUGAGUUGUGUUAAACACUGCAGUCUGCACUGCACUGCACUAUAGUGUUACACACAACACAAAAAGAAACUUUGGAUCAUAAUGGCUGGCAAUGAAUGGAUUAAUGGGUACCUUGAGGCUAUAUUAUCCACUGGGGCUACCACCGUUGAUGAGCAAAAAGUUGUGGCUCCAAGAGAAAGUGGGCAUUUUAAUCCCAUCAAGUACUUUGUGGAAGAAGUGGUAACAAGUGUUGAUGAAUCUGACCUGCACCGUACUUGGAUCAAGGUGGUUGCUACUCGCAAUACCAGGGAGCGUAGCUCAAGGUUAGAGAACAUGUGCUGGCGUAUUUGGCAUCUUGCCCGCAAGAAGAAGCAGUUGGAAGUGGAGGAACUCCAGAGAGUAGCAAACCGAAGAUGGGAGAGGGAACAAGGACGAAGGGAUGCAACAGAGGACAUGUCUGAAGAUUUGUCAGAAGGAGAAAAAGGAGAUGGUAUUGGGGAGAUGAUACAAAUUGAGACACCAAAGAAAAUUCUCCAGAGACAGAUUUCCAACUUGGAAGUUUGGUCUGAAGACAAAAAGGAAAAGAAGCUUUAUAUUAUACUCUUGAGUUUGCAUGGAUUGGUUCGAGGAGAAAACAUGGAGCUUGGUCGAGAUUCUGAUACGGGUGGACAGACUAAAUAUGUGGUAGAACUUGCUCGUGCACUUGCAAAAAUGCCUGGAGUGUAUAGAGUAGAUCUCUUCACACGCCAAAUAUCAUCUCCUGAAAUUGAUUGGAGCUAUGGAGAACCAACAGAAAUGCUAAGUGCAGGUCCUGAUGAUGAUGAUGAUAACACAGGGGAGAGCAGUGGUGCAUAUAUCAUAAGAAUACCCUUUGGUCCACGUGAUAAAUAUCUCCAAAAAGAACUUCUUUGGCCCUAUAUUCAAGAAUUUGUAGAUGGAGCUUUAGCUCACAUUCUCAAUAUGUCAAAAGUAUUGGGUGAACAAGUUGGUGGAGGCCAACCUGUGUGGCCUUAUGUAAUUCAUGGACAUUAUGCUGAUGCUGGUGAUAGUGCUGCCCUUCUUUCAGGUGCUUUGAAUGUUCCAAUGGUGCUCACAGGUCAUUCACUUGGAAGAAACAAGCUCGAACAACUUCUUAAGCAAGGUCGUCAAUCAAAGGAGGAUAUCAAUUCAACAUAUAAGAUAAUGAGGAGAAUAGAAGCAGAAGAACUUUCACUAGAUGCUGCAGAACUUGUCAUCACUAGUACAAAACAAGAAAUUGAAGAGCAAUGGGGACUUUAUGAUGGGUUUGAUGUCAAGCUUGAGAAAGUUUUGCGUGCUCGUGCUAGACGUGGUGUCAAUUGUCAUGGUCGAUACAUGCCAAGGAUGGCGGUUAUCCCACCUGGUAUGGACUUUAGCAAUGUUGUGAUACAAGAAGAUGGUCCUGAAGUUGAUGGGGAUCUCACACAGCUUACUGGUGGUGCUGAUGGGUCUUCAACUAAAGCUAUACCUGCAAUCUUGUUAGAAUUGAUGCGUUUCUUCACAAAUCCUCACAAGCCUAUGAUCUUGGCCUUAUCAAGGCCAGAUCCAAAAAAGAACAUAACGACUUUGUUAAAAGCUUUUGGAGAAUCCCGUCCCUUAAGAGAAUUAGCUAAUCUUACGCUUAUAAUGGGAAACAGGGAUGACAUAGAUGAGAUGUCUUCUGGGAAUGGUAGCGUGCUCAUAACAGUGUUGAAAUUGAUUGAUAAGUAUGACCUAUAUGGGCAAGUUGCAUUUCCUAAACAUCACACGCAAUCUGAUGUUCCAGAGAUAUAUAGACUUGCUGCAAAAACAAAGGGGGUUUUCAUAAAUCCGGCUUUAGUGGAACCUUUUGGUCUUACUUUAAUUGAGGCAGCUGCACAUGGACUGCCAAUGGUGGCCACUAAAAAUGGGGGACCAGUGGACAUUAAUCGGGCCCUCCACAAUGGUUUACUUGUGGACCCUCAUGAUCAGCAAGCAAUUGCUGAUGCAUUGCUUAAGUUGUUGUCAGAGAAAAGCCUAUGGCUUGAGUGCAGGAACAAUGGUUGGAAGAACAUACACCUUUUCUCAUGGCCUGAACACUGUCGUACUUAUUUGACUCGGGUGGCAGCAUGCCGGAUGAGGCAUCCUCAAUGGCAAACCAAUACUCCUGAGGAUGAUGUAGCUGUUGAAGAGUCUUUCAAUGAUUCACUGAAGGAUGUUCAGGACAUGUCCCUUAGGCUCUCAAUUGAUGGCGAUUUGGCUGCAGCAAGUGGUGGCCUUGAUAUGCAAGACCAAGUGAAAAGGGUCCUAAACAAGAUAAGGAAGUCAGAUUCUGGUCAAAAUCAGGAUGGUGGAAAUAAGAUAAGGAAGCCAGAUUCUGGUUCAAAUGUUGAGAAUAUGCUGCUUGACAAUGUAACCAACAAAUACCCUCUAUUGAGGAGAAGACGUAGGUUGAUUGUUAUAGCACUUGAUAUAUAUGACAACAAUGGAGCUCCUGAUAAGAAGAUGAUCCAGAUAGUUCAAAGGAUAAUUAAAGCUGUUCAACUAGACCCUCAAACUGCAAGAGUUUCUGGAUUUGCUUUAUCAACUGCUAUGCCAAUGCUAGAAACAAUAGAGUUCCUUGCAUCAUGCAAAAUACCAGUAAAUGAGUUUGAUGCUUUAAUUUGUAGUAGUGGGAGUGAAGUUUACUACCCUGGUAUUCAUACAGAAGAAGGAAAGCUUUUGCCUGAUCCAGAUUAUGAGGUACACAUUGACUAUCGUUGGGGUUGUGAAGGUCUCAAGAAAACCAUUUGGAAACUUAUGAAUACUUCUGAGGGUGAAGAAAAUUCCAAAACAAGUUCUAGCCCCAUUGAGGAAGAUCCAAAAUCAAGCAAUGCCCAUUGCAUAUCAUACAAAAUAAAGGAUCUUAGUAAGGCAAAGAAAGUUGAUGACUUAAGACAGAAGCUUAGGAUGAGAGGUCUACGCUGUCAUCCUAUGUACUGCAAGGGGUCUUCUAGAAUGCAUGUUAUUCCACUUCUUGCAUCUAGAGCCCAAGCACUCAGGUAUCUCUUUGUCCGUUGGAGAUUGAAUGUUGCAAACAUGUAUGUCAUACUUGGAGAAACUGGGGACACUGAUUAUGAGGAAAUGAUAUCUGGUACUCAUAAGACCAUAAUCAUGAAGGGAGUGGUGUCUAAGGGUUCAGAAGAGAUGCUUAGAGGUCCAGGAAGCUACCAAAGAAAUGACAUUGUUCCAAAUGAGAGUCCCUUUAUAGCUUGCAUUAGUGAAACAACAGAAGAAAAGAUUGCUAAUGCUUUAAAGCAACUUUCAAAAUCUGGAGGAAUCUGAGGUGCUACAGUAUUAAGUACCAUUUUCUUUGCUCUCCCUCUCUCUCUAUUUUUCAAAACAAGUAAUACAUUUAUUUACCUUUCCAGAGAGUACAAAAUGGAAAUUGGAUGUAAUUGUUUCUCUAAAAUACAAUGCAU